UUGCGCAAAAAAAGGCGCGAGCCUUGCUGCAUGUGUGCGCUCUCAGUUGAUGCAUGGUUCUUCAAGGAGCUCGUGUGCUUAGCAGUGGACAAAAAGUGGUGACUUAUUUAUCUUACAAAGUUCACUAUCCACGCAUAUUUUGCUAAAGAUGAGGUUAGAAUGCGAGACAGAAAUCUGCUAUCGGCUGCUAGAGUACCAGCGUUCUGGAGCAAGAUCCAAAAAGAAAGCUGCCUUCACAAUUAUCACAUUGUGUCGCAAGCCAGGAGAAACAAAACAACAGAAACAGAGCAUAUAUUUGCUACUGUGCACUGCAAAAAAUCCAGCAGGAACAAAGUAUAAGAUCUAUGGCAAUGUUGAGAGGCUCUUCACAAAGUGCGUUACUCAAGGGAAGGCUACUAUUCAACUACGAGAACCAAAACACAACUUGAUCAUUAGUAAGGCUGAUGUUUCAGAGCUGCGCCGGUUCUUGGAGUUAAUAAAUCUUGCGCACCAUGGUAAGGACCUUGAUCAAUCUGUGUUUUCUGGACCUCCAUCAAAAGUCACUCCCACCAAAGAAACCUUAGUUGUACGUCACCGGAGAAACUACCCGUCUGGUGGAUUUCCAAAAACACUAAAGACGUUGACAGUAGAGGGCUGCCCUUUGGCUCGGCUGGGUCAUGAUAUACUUGCACUGGGCAACCUUUGUAACCUCACAUUAGUUGGCAACAGCCUGAAGACACUGCCUCUCCAAAUGAGCAAUCUGCCCUUGCAAAAGUUGGUUGUUUCACAGAACAACAUUGAAAGGUUGCCUCCUGAGCUUUUUGAAGGCCAGCUUCUCAACUCCCUUCGGUACCUUGACAUUUCUGAAAACAAGCUUACUGUUCUACCAGACACAGUGUGUUGUGCACGAAAGCUAAUGACUCUGGUAGUAAAAAGCAAUCGUCUCCAAAAGCUCCCACAUGGUCUAGGUUUUAUGUCCUGCCUCACCGUCCUCGACGUGACAAGUAAUGCACUCAGAUUGCUGCCAUCCAGUCUGCUGAUGGGGAGAUUGAAUUAUAUCUCAAUUUGUGGCAACCCUUUGGACUGGUGCCAUGCCCCCAGAGGCUGCUACUAGCCAAGGACCACUACAUCUGCUUCAAUUGGCAGCUCAAGCUACUGCUGCCUGCGGAUACGGGAGGAAAGUGGAGUUGACAGCUGAGGAUGUUCCACGAUCUCUACUGGAGCUGCUGUGCACUGUUACCCCCUGUUACAGCUGCAAACAAUUUGUGAUCCCAGCUGCAGCACAUAGUGUGAUCCUCAAGGUGAAGCUCUCCCGAAUGGUUUUACCUUGUGGUGCAUUUGUGCGAAGAACUACAACAGACAUUGUGGUGCCUGUGGAGGCAAUUGUCUGCUCAACCAGGUGCCUCCCCUCAACCAGGUGCCUCCAUCAAUGAGAAGACCAUGCAAGGAGGCCAAAAUGUCCUUGCUCUCACUUUCACAUGGAUGUGGAGAAGACCUAUUAUAAUGGAACAUUAAACAAUGCAGAGAGAGCAGAAAGAACACCACAAUGGUGAUGUUCUUUGUUGUCUAGGUUUGAAUGACUGCUUGUUUGUAUUUAGUGAUCAAAACACCUGUAAAAAUAUAUACAGGAUGACAAAAACUGUUGUACCUUUAUCAUGCAUCUGUGCUUAAAAAAUGACUUCCACCAUAAGCCACAUCCCACUUCUGCUUGCAACUCUGCAUUGUUAUAACUUCAGUAUGCAGCUGCAGUGCUUAAAAAUGUCAAGAAACCAUAGACUCCAUUGCCAGUGCUCUAUCUAAGCAAAGGAGUCCAUAAAUUUCGGUAUGCUGAGUAAAAGCAGCCAAAUGUUCAAGUAGAAAAGUAGUAAGGCACAAGAAAUAUCUUUGGUCAAAAAUGACCGCGUUACUAUAUUGUUUCAUUCAUUAUGUCGAAAAGAGAUUGCUUUUCCAUAGAAGGGCGAGACAGUUACAGUGCCUGCCUUCAAUUUUCUAUUCCUUCUUCCCCUUUUGUAUUCUUCAGUGAUAAGUUACUAGUAAUAUUUUGAUUUUGUUAAUAACAGCAGUUGAAACAACAAAAAAAUGUUUGAUGUUUUAUGUAUUAGAAACACAUGUUAAAGUCAAUGUAAUUUUUGGGAGUGUUAAGACAUUUGAAACUACAAAUAGAAACGGGGUGCUUGCAUUUCAACUCAAUGCAUUUGAUUUAAAAAUGUGACAUUUGACCAUUUUGAAUAUUUGGCUAUGAUGAAAUAAAUGAAAGUAGUACUGUUAGAGAAAUCCUGUCUGUAAAUAUGACCAUGCACGUGGUGGCAUUUUGCAGCUG